AACCUGGUGAGUCUGGCAGUUGAAUUAAGAUACAAGGGAGAUGGCAGAAAAAAAUGCUCUUUUUGAAAACUACCUGAGUUGCCAUGUGUGUUCUGAAACUUUCAAAGAUCCUGUAUCUCUGGACUGCAACCACAUCUUCUGUGCAAGCUGCCUGCAAGAAUUGUGGAAACAAGCCAAAAAUAAAAACUGUCCGAUGUGUAAAAGAAAGCCCUCAAAAGAUUAUGGAGUGAACUUUAUACUGAAGAAACUGGCUGAUACCUUCACUGGGAGACACAAAGCUUCAGCAGCCAAGACAGAAAAGGGAAAUAAGUCCCUGAUGGUGUUGUGUAGUAAAAAUCCAAAAGAGCCCAAAUUGUUCUGUAAGGAUGAAGAUAGAGCUGUGUGUCCUGUCUGUGAUCCUUCUCUACAUCAGAGCCACAAGUUGGUUCCUAUAGAACAAGGGGUCGCUGACCUGAAGGAGCAGCUGAAAACUGACUUACAGUCUCUCCAGGACAAGAGGGACGAAUACAAACGAGUAAAGGAAACGUACAAUGAAAUGAUUCAACACUCCAAGAAGCAGCUGUUGUUCACAGAGAAGCAGAUCAGAGCAGAGUUCAACAAGCUCCACCAGUUCCUGAAAGAGGAAGAGGAGUCCAGACUGGCAGCUCUGAGGGAGGAAGAGGAGCAGAAGGGGAAGACUGUCAGCAGAGAGUGGAAGAGGAUUCAGGAGCAGAUCUCCUCUCUGACAGACAGUAUCUCUGCUGUCAGAGAAGACCUGCAGAAACACAACGUGUCGUUCCUCAGCAGUUAUGGAUCCACUCAGGCCAGAGCCAGAGCCCAGAGCUCGCUGUCGGAGCCUCAGCCGCUCUCAGGAGCUCUGAUAGAUGUGGCCCAACACCUGGGCAACCUGUCCUUCAGGGUCUGGGAGAAGAUGAAGGAGAAGGUCCAACUCAGUCCCGUCAUCCUGGACCCAAACACCGCACACGCCCGUCUCUAUCUGUCUGAUGAUCUGACCACUGUGAGAUGUGGAGACACACUUCAGCAGCUCCCUGACAAUCCAGAGAGACAUGGUCGCUGUCCCACUGUUCUGGGCUCUGAGGGCUUCAGCUCAGGGAAACACAGCUGGGAGGUGGAGGUGGGAGACCAUCCUGACUGGAAUAUAGGUUUGACAAAACAGUCAGUUGACAGGAAGGGAAAGUUAUUUGCUUCACCAGAAUAUGGAAUCUGGUGUUUACGUCAUCAUCAAGGAAAAUACACCAAUGGUGUUGGUGUGAGUGUGACAGUGAAGAAGAGUCUCCAGAGGAUCAGAGUCCAGCUGGACUGUGACGGGGGGGAGGUGUCCUUCUACGAUGCUGAAGACAUGAAUCACCUCCACACGCACAGAGACACUUUCACUGAGAAACUCUUCCCAUAUUUUUCAGUUGGUUCGUCCGGUGAUGCUGAAACCACUGAAAUCAGAAUCAGUGACGUUUCUCUGGUAUUUUAAGUUUUUCUAUCGAUGUCGUGUGAGAUUUAUUUUAAUCUAAACUCAUCGUCACACUUCUCACCCAACUUUUUUUCUGAUUCAAUAUGUUGUUGACUUAAAUGAAAAUCAUUUAUUAACAUGUUUUGUUCAAUUAGUGAUUGUGGCUCCUGCGCUUGUUGUUCAAUUUAAUUUACUUUCUUUGUUGGAAAAAAGAAAAAUAUUUCCACAAAAUGCUGAAACGAUGUGACGUCAUCAGAAUACAGACUUGUUUUGUGCAUUUAUCAAAUUAACUGAAAGUUGUGAUUGUUUUAGUUCUGUGACAGUUUCUUCAUUAUCAGUUUUAGUUUUUGAUUUUUCUUUUCUAUGAAUUUGAUGACUUGUGGAUCUGUUUAAUCUUUGGAAACAGGUGUUUCAAAAUAGCCUGGUUUCUUUUCAUGAAGUGUAUAUUAAUGUGUCUGCAUACUCUAUCAUUUUUGUACUGAAUACAUGAUCAAUAAAAUAAAUGGUGAAUGGAAA